AAAGUGCGCAGGGAGUAUAAAAAGGCUUUCAUCACCUCCCAGCGCAUUUUAGGGCAACUCCCAAUUUCCCAAUCCACCUCACCUGGAUUGCUCCCAUGAAUUCAAUUGACAUAGGGUAUUGAGUGGUUUAAUGAGAAAGUAUAAUGUCUGAAGAGGCUGGACCGUUGUUGGUGGUUUAUGAUGAUCCCUCAGAUCAACGAUCUUUGUCCUUGGACGAUACCAGUAGCACUGAGGAAUCACCUGAUGAAACUAGGCUCUCCCUAGAAACCACUAAUGAUGCAAUUCCAUAUAUGGGGCAAAGAUUUGCCACUCAUGAUGCUGCUUAUGAAUUUUAUAGUGAAUUUGCAAAGCGAUGUGGCUUCUCAAUCCGGCGUCACCGCACAGAGGGGAAGGAUGGGGUUGGUAAAGGACUCACUAGACGCUACUUUGUCUGUCACCGUGCUGGCAACACCCCCAUCAAAGCCUCGAAUGAAAGUAAACCUCAAAGAAACCGAAAAUCAUCUCGUUGUGGAUGUCAAGCGUACAUGCGAAUAAGCAAGUCAACAGAAUUAGGGGCUUCAGAAUGGCGUAUCACAGGUUUUCUAAACCAGCAUAAUCACGAGCUCUUAGAACCAAAUCAAGUUCGUUUCCUUCCUGCAUACCGGACCAUUUCAGACACAGACAAGAGCAGAAUCCUUAUGUUUGCCAAAACAGGAAUUUCUGUGCACCAGAUGAUAAAACUUAUGGAGCUUGAGAAGUGUGUGGAGCCAGGAUAUUUGCCUUUCACUGAAAAGGAUGUUAGGAAUUUGCUCCAAUCAUUUAGGAAAUUAGAUCCAGAAGAGGAGAGCAUAGACUUAUUAAGAAUGUGCAGAAACAUUAAAGAGAGAGACCCCAACUUCAAGUUUGAGUAUACACUUGAUUCAAACAAUAGGUUAGAGAACAUCACCUGGUCAUAUGCCUCAUCUGUCCAGUCAUAUGAGAUCUUUGGUGAUGCAGUUGUGUUUGAUACAACACAUCGCUUGACUGCAUUUGACAUGCCGCUUGGGAUAUGGGUUGGAAUGAAUAAUUAUGGUAUGCCUUGCUUCUUUGGCUGCGUCCUUUUGCGUGAGGAAAAUUUGAGGUCGUUUUCAUGGGCAUUGAAGGCAUUCUUGGGGUUUAUGAACGGGAAGGCUCCGCAAACAAUUCUAACUGAUCAAAAUAUGUGUCUCAAAGAAGCAGUAGCCCUUGAAUUGCCUAUGACGAAACACGCACUUUGCAUAUGGAUGAUUGUAGGGAAAUUUCCGUCGUGGUUUAAUGCUGUACUGGGAGAACGUUACAAUGAGUGGAAGACAGAGUUUUUUCGAAUCUAUAAUCUGGAGUCAAUUGAGGAUUUUGAACUUGGUUGGAUGGAGAUGGUAAAUUCCUUUGGGUUGCACGCUAAUAGGCAUAUAGCCAACUUGUAUGGGUUGCGCUUACUUUGGGCACUACCAUUCUUGAGAACCCAUUUCUUUGCGGGAAUGACAACGAAUGGCCAGUCAAAGUCAAUUAACGCUUUCAUUCAAAGAUUUUUGAGUGCACAGACCCGGCUUGCACACUUUGUUGAACAAGCAGCAGUUGCUGUGGAUUUCAGAGAUCAAGCUGGAGAACAACAAACAAUGCAACAGAAUCUCCAAAAUAUUUGCUUGAAGACAGGGGCCCCCAUGGAAUCCCAUGCUGCCACUAUCCUCACUCCUUUUGCCUUCUCUAAGCUACAAGAACAACUUGUUCUGGCUGCCCACUAUGCAUCCUUUCAGAUGGAUGAUGGUUUUCUUGUAAGACACCACACAAAAGCUGAGGGAGGCCGGAAAGUCUAUUGGGCUCCUAGGGAAGGCAUCAUCAGUUGCAGCUGCCAUCAUUUUGAGUUUUCUGGAAUUCUCUGCCGGCAUGCUCUUCGAGUUUUCUCAACAGGAAACUGCUUUCAGAUACCAGAUAGGUAUCUUCCUAUCCGUUGGCGCAGGAUCAGUACACCUUCUGCAAAGCUUUUUCAGAGUACUCCAAGUGAUCAUGCAGAAAGAAUUCAGAUAUUGCAAAGUAUGGUAUCAACUCUUGUAACAGAAUCCGCUAAGUCCAAGGAGAGGCUAGAUAUUGCAAAUGAGCAAAUUUCCAUCCUUUUAUCUCGUAUAAAAGAGCAGCCAGUUUCAUUACAAGGUAUGAGAGAUGUGUCGUCCGUUCAUGAAGUUUUUGAUUCAAGAAUAUACCAAAAAUAGUUAGCAUAGUGUUGAAUUCUCGUGGAAAGCAGAGGGAAACACGGUGGAAAUUAUCACAGAAAGCAAGUUUGGGGAUUUGUAUAGCAAGAUUUGAGAGGAAAGCUUCUUUUGUUGAAGGCUUGGGGCUGAGGUUCUUUGUAUGGCAUUUUGAGAGUUUUGGUACAUACAUAUAAUUGAUACAAGUUGUCUUUUGUAGACAUCAUAUAAAAAGCCUCUCCUUUGCAUGGUGUUUUCACGAGGGUUCCAAUAUGUACAAAAUAUAUAGAAAUAUCUUUGUGUCUGUAUGUAUAUUGCUGUGUUUGUGGUUAAAAAGAUUAGCUCAUUUUGGCAUUUAGAAUUAUGAUACAAGAAAACCAUAUGUUUAGAGGACGUGGUGUGUAAUUCAUCCCAAAAUAUGUAGUGUGUCUUGAUGCAACUGAAGGAUUGAAAGAACUUUGUGUCUGUAUGAAUAUUGUUGUGUUUUUGGUUAAAAGAUUAGCUCA